AUGGCGGCAAACUAUCAAGGCAAAAGAAAUUCGAGUACUCAGCUAUUGGAAGAACUCGAGACACUUAGUGAGUCCCUCUACCAGUCCCACAAAUCGAAUACUGCCCGAAGAACUGCCUCUUUAGCACUCCCAAGAAGUGCAAUUCCGCCUAUCUCCUCCACCGAUGAAAUCGGCUCAGAGAAUGUUGAGAGGCUCAAUCCAAAACCGAGAUCGAGGCGCAUGUCCCUGUCUCCUUGGCGUUCUCGGCCUAAACUUGCUAAAGAAGACGAGCAGAGAGAACGUAGUACGGUUUCAACUAAGAAAGAGACCAAGAAGUUGGUUGAUGAAUCAGCUACAUCAGAGAAGAAAGGAAUAUGGAAUUGGAAGCCAAUUCGAGCACUCUCCCAUAUUGGUAUGCAGAAGCUGAGUUGUUUAUUCUCUGUAGAAGUUGUCACAGUUCAAGAUCUUCCACCUUCUAUGAAUGGCCUUCGCUUAUCUAUUUGCGUUAGGAAGAAAGAAAGCAAGGACGGAGCGGUGCAGACAAUGCCAUCAAGAGUUUCUCAAGGAGCAGCUGAUUUUGAAGAGACACUAUUCAUAAGGUGCCAUGUUUACUUCACCCCGGGUAGUGGAACGCAGAUGAAGUUCGAACCACGCCCAUUUCUGAUAUACGUGUUUGCAGUCGACGCCGAAGAACUCAAUUUUGGAAGAAGUUCUGUAGAUUUAAGUCAUUUAAUUCAGGAAUCCAUCGAGAAGAGUUUUGAAGGUUCAAGAAUUCGGCAAUGGGAUAUGACCUUCAAUCUCUCAGGCAAGGCUAAGGGGGGUGAACUAGUUCUGAAAUUGGGGUUCCAGAUUAUGGAGAAAGAUGGAGGUAUUGGAAUAUACAGUCAGUCUGAUGGCCAGAAGUCGGGAAAAAAUAAGAAUAACUCGCCUUCUGUUGCGCGAAGGCACUCAAAAUUAUCCUUCAGUGUUCCGAGUCCAAGACUGACUAGCCGAGCAGAAGCUUGGACUCCUUCGCAGAAAGGAGUCACAUCAGAUCUUCAAGGAAUUGAUGAUCUGAAUCUUGAUGAACCAGCUCCAGUACCUUCAACUUCUCAGCCCCUGCAAAAGAAUGAGGAACAAGAACCAAAAACGGAGGACUUUGAUUUCCCGGACUUUGAAGUUGUUGAUAAAGGAGUUGAAAUACAAGAUAAAGAUGAAGGACAAUCAGAAGAAAACUCGGAUAAAAGAUCAGUCUCAAGUGAGGUUGUCAAGGAAAUUGUGCACGAUCAAUUUCACUUGACAAGAUUGACAGAGCUUGAUUCAAUUGCUCAGCAGAUAAAAGCUCUUGAAUCCAUGAUGGGGGAGGAAAAAAUAGACAAAGCAGAAGAAGAAACGGCAUCCCAAAUAUUAGAUGCAGAUGAAGAAACAGUAACUAGAGAAUUUCUGCAAAUGCUCGAGGAUGCUGAAGCUAAUAAACUUAUGAUUGACCCUGAAAUCCUUUCUCUGAAGCUCGAAAGCAAUGCAAAUACAGAAGAGUCCGAAUCCAAUGUUCUCAUACCAGAUCUUGGGAAGGGAUUGGGCUGCGUAGUCCAAACACGAAAUGGAGGCUAUUUGGCAGCAAUGAAUCCUCUGGAUACUGCAAUGGCACGGAAAGACACACCAAAACUCGCAAUGCAGAUGUCCAAGCCAUUUGUUCUCCAAUCAUAUAAGAACGGAUUUGAGUUAUUCCAGAAGAUGGCAGCUGUUGGUCUUGAAGAACUUAGUUCUGAGAUCUUAUCAUUGAUGCCAUUGGAUGAACUCAUUGGUAAAACAGCAGAGCAGAUAGCUUUUGAAGGCAUUGCUUCAGCAAUUAUCCAGGGAAGGAACAAAGAAGGGGCCAGCUCAAGUGCUGCUCGCACCAUUACUGCUGUCAAAUCCAUGGCAACUGCAAUGAACAGCGGCAGAAAGGAAAGAAUUUCAACCGGAAUAUGGAAUGUGAGUGAAGCCCCUCUGACAAUUGAUGAAAUUUUGGCAUUCUCAAUGCAGAAGAUCGAAGUUAUGGCUAUAGAUGCUCUAAAAAUUCAGGCAGACAUGGCUGAAGAAGAUGCGCCAUUUGAUGUUUCUCCAGUUGAUGCAAAAACUAUUGGAGCUAAUGGAAAGGUAUAUAAUCACCCAUUGGCUUCUGCAGUUCCUAUUGAGGACUGGAUAAAAAUUACCAGCAGAGGAAGUUCUGAUGACGAUGCUUCAGACCCACCAGCCAUAACAUUAUCUGUUGUUGUCCAACUACGCGAUCCAAUAAGGCAAUACGAGGCUGUCGGUUGCCCUGUCAUAGCACUGAUUCAUGCACCUCAGUUCUACGAUAAGACUGAUAGUUACAAUGAGGAGACAAAAUACAAAGUGUCGAGUUUGGUUGUUGGGGGCUUAAAGGUGAGAACUCCUGGAAGAAAAAAUGUAUGGGACACUGAAAAGCGAAGGCUAACUGCAUUGCAGUGGCUGGUAGCAUAUGGAAUGGGGAAGGCUGUAAAAAAGGGAAAGCGCCUUGAGUCGAAGGGACCAGAUCUCCUUUGGAGCAUUUCCUCACGUGUAAUGGCAGAUAUGUGGCUCAAACCAAUAAGGAAUCCAGAUGUCAAAUUCACCAAGUGA